GACGGCUCGCGGCUGCCUCGCGGGCUCCUCCUCGCUGGCGUCAGCGCCGGGCGCGAGCUGCCAGCCAGCUGCUUUGCUGACGUCACAGCCCAUCCCUGGUUUCUUUCUGUCGCUCUCUCUCUCUCUCUCUCCACCUUCUUCCUCCUCCCUCCCCCCCCCCACGUGUUGGAGAAAGAGUAGUUUGUGUUUCCCUGUUGUCACGGCGACGGCAUCCCAAGCCCCCGCGAGUGGGUGGGAUUCCUAGGAAGGUGGGGCGGGGCGGGGCAGGAUGACGUUUAUAAGUAAGGAGACCGCGGGCGCGCGGCUUGACAGUUCGGAAAGACUAGACGGCCCGAGCGGCGCAGGGCGGCAGCAGCAGCAGCAGCGCUGAACGGCGAAAAGGGGGAAAGCCUGCGCGCGUGAGCAGGAGCGCGAGGGGAGCGCCAGCCCCGCCCGUCACUCAGCCAGCCAGCCAAGCCAGCCAGGGACACAAGGCGGCUGUGGGAGAAUCAACAGAACUCCCCUCAUGGCAGCGGCGCGAGGAGGGAAUCCCCAGGAAUUGUCUCGCGCCUUCCAGCUGCUGGUGCUGCUGCAACCGCUGCCUUGUCGCGAACUUGCUGUCGUUGCUGCUGCUGCUGCGUGGCGGGGCUGCUCCUCUUAGUAGGAGUAGCUCCGAGUUACCUUCGCAAUUCUGCAUCCCAAGGACACUUUUAAAAAUAUAGGUAUAUAUCAAUAUAUUCCGUCGCGAUUCCGAUAUAUCUUUUGUCUUCGUUAUUUUGACUGCCGCUUUCUUUUCUGCGCCCUCCAACCCAGCACCGGCCCCUUGACACAUUAAUGAGGCAGCCGCCCACCGGCGAGUUUGAAAUGGCACUCAGCGGCACGCUGCUCCCUUCCAUCUCCACCUUCGCAGCGGCCACGACCAGCAGGGAGAGAGUCUUGAGGCAGGCAGGUGCCAGCAACAAGUGGAGGGAGGAGCUGUCUCACCUCAAGCGGAUCCCCCCUGUCCUAACAGGACGUUACGAUUUCUCCUCAGAGCUAGAAAGCAACACCACAAGCAGCAGUAGUGGGGCUAUGUCAAGACGCGAAACAGAGGAGUUGAAUGAGCUGCUGGACUUUGACUUCAUCCUGUCCAACUCCCUGAUACCCCAGGAGCAGCCCACGGCGGCCGCUGCAGUGGUGAGCUCUGCUCCUGGCUCUUCACCCUCUGUCACUAGCAGCAGCUGUGCACCUGUGACCACCUGCGAUUUCACCUACCCCCUGCAAAGAGGGGAUCACACUGGUGGUGGAGGAGGGGGUAUACUCUACAACAGAGAUCAGACUCCAACUGCCCCUUUCAACCUGGCUGACAUCAACGAUGUGUCCCCUUCAGGUGGAUUUGUAGCAGAGCUGAUGAGGCCAGAUCUGGACCCAGUUUAUAUGCAGCAACAGCAGCCACCGCCCCCACUGAGCAGCCUACAUGGGAAAUUUGUGUUGAAAGCCACAGUGAACAUGGGGGAAUACAAUAACCACAUCAGUGUUAGCAGCAAGAACCACGCUGCUGCUGCAGUUUCCCCUUGCACAGAUGGACCCGUGCCACCUCCUAUUUAUAACCAUGUGCCCAGGAUGUGCCAAAAAAUCAAGCAGGAGUCUGCUCCUUCUUGUACCAUUGGCCAAUCCCAUGGAAAUACUCAGAGGGCACAGCAGCACGAUUUCCCCUUGGGGCGGCCACUGCCCAGCAGGACUAACCCUCCCUUGACUCCAGAGGAGAUGAUGAAUAGCAGAGACUGCCACCCUUCACCACAGGGCUUAAGUCACCCACCUCUGCCGCUUCCUCCAGGGUACCAUCCUGGCCCUGGAUAUCCUCCUUUCCUUCCAGAGCAGCUGCCACCAAACGCACUCCAGUAUCAAGGUCAGUCUUACUAUCUAAAUGUUUUUGGAGAACCUUUAAGUAUGCCUCGCUUGGUACAAGGGAUGAUGCUGACUCCGCCCUCUUCACCUCUAGAGCUGAUGCCUUCUGGGAGCUGCCUGUCUGAAGAGACCAAACCGAAGAGGGGACGGAGGUCGUGGCCCAGGAAAAGGACUGCAACACACACAUGCGACUAUGCAGGUUGUGGGAAAACAUACACAAAGAGCUCACACCUCAAAGCGCACCUGCGAACCCACACAGGUGAGAAGCCCUAUCACUGUGACUGGGAAGGCUGUGGCUGGAAAUUUGCCCGCUCUGAUGAACUCACACGUCACUACAGAAAACACACAGGCCACCGCCCAUUCCAAUGCCAGAGGUGUGACAGAGCAUUUUCCAGGUCCGACCACCUCGCCUUACAUAUGAAGAGACACUUUUAAUAGGACACAGUGAACUUUUUUUUACUGCCAUGAGAUAUUCAGUAUUUGACAGCGCAAAAGACUGUCUUCCACUAGAGGGGAGAACUCCACUUAAAGCACUACAAAGAAUCCUAGUGAAGUCUUCCAAAAAAAGAGGAGGUGGAAAUGAAUGGACAAUUAAAAAAAACACCACCACACAAUUGUGGAACUUCUUUUAAAAAGGGACAAUGACUGGAUCUUGUAUCAUUCCAUUUUUAAAAAUCUGACUUGAAUCUUUCUAGACUACAGAAUGCCAAGGAUUGACUGGAAGUAAGGAUAUCAGGGUUAAAGCAAACUGUUGGGGGAGGGGAGGAUUACAUAGAAAUUACGUAGGGAGACUAUGGACGAAGACAGGCGUAACAUAGAUGUAACAUUUGUACAGCAAUGGGGCUGCUUUGGAAACUCCUUCACCACAUUCUUUUCAAAUACACUUUUUCCUCUUCAAGGCUGAGCUCUAACAAAUAAAUGGGUCAGCACCAUUGCUCAAAAGCCAGCUGUAGACAGUGUUGCUCAGCUAAAACACAUGCUUUUCAAGAUACUCUCUCCCUGGUCUCCAAAGCUUCAUAACAGUCUGGCAACAGUUUUUAUUUCUUUUAAGGAGAAGUAUGAAGAAGCAAAUAAGCAUACAUGUUGUUCUUAAGCAUUUUUUAAGGCAGGCAACAUGCCUGAAGCAUGGAGGGGAGAAAGAGUGAGAUUGGUGCUUAACCUAACAUUUGAUUUGAUAUAAUACAUGUCUGUCAUUCAAAUUCAUGAGCUGGAAGGAAGACGGAUUCACUCUUCAGGUGAAGAAUCCACUGUAAUUUCUCUGUUACAUCUGUCUUCAGCCUACAUUCCCUUAAGACUUUGUUUCAAUGCAAUAUUGUAAAUGUGUUGUGGUCUUGCAAUUUCUUUUUCCUUCCAAAAGCCAUUACUAAACUAUGUCAAAUGAGGAAGAAGAAAUUCAGGUACAGAGGAAUUAAGGUUCAAAGCCUAUUUUCAUGGUGCUGAAUGACUUUUGGUUCUUAAGGUACCAAAAAAGGAAGCCAAAGUUCUCAAACUGCUGCAUAUUUGACAAGGAAAUACUUUUGUCUUCCGAUCUACAGUUAAUGAUGACCUAAGUCAGGUGAUAAACCUGGUUUAUUUGUGUGUCUGUCUUUUUAAAUCUUCUAUGCAGACAGUCUGUAAUGCACUGUGGUUUCAAUGUGCAAUAAUUUGUACAAUGGUUUAUUCCCAAAUAUGCCUUAAAGCAGAACAAAUGUUUUUUUUCUAUAUAGUUCUUUACUUAAUAAAUAUGUAAUAUAAAUUUGAGACUUCUAUUUUGUAUAUUUGUAAACUAUCAUGUGAGAAAUGAGCAUUUUGCCAGAGUUUGUAUUUUGCAUAUUCAUGCUAAAAUAACUUUUGAAUAAACCUAUUUUAUCUGA